AUGGGCAAAUUCAUCGUAUCAGCAUUUCUUUGCGAACAGCGUAAAGAGCUUCCGGUACCAUCCGCGGACAUCAGCGAUAAGUCGAUCCUCGUCGUCGGAGCAAAUGUGGGCCUGGGCUUUGAGGCGUCGGUGCACUUGGCCCAACUCCGGCCCAAACGCUUACUUGUUACAGCCAGAAAUGUCACAAAGUGCCAGCAAACAAUAGCAGGCAAAGAUGUCCAACAGCGGGCAAGCAUCAGUGCGAUCGAUGCACGACCCUUAGAACUCGGUUCAUUCGCGUCGGUGGCCCAAUUCGUGAAUCGGGUUGAAGAGGAGGACUUUCAGGUAAACGCCAUAAUUGCAAAUGCUGGGAUACAUACUACGCGAUACACAAAAACCGUGGAUGGCUGGGAGACAACGCUUCAAGUGAACUACUUAUCAACAGCACUACUGAGCAUCCUCAUGCUGCCUCAUCUCAUUGAGAGCUCGACACCUCAGUCUGCGUCGAGACUUGUCAUUGUUUCGAGCGACCUCCAUUACCUCGCGAACAAACUUACAGGAGUCGACCAAUGGCCUAGCAUUCUUGAGAAGCUUAAUGACCCGGAUUACUGCACUUCCUCGGUCAUGAGCGAUAGAUACAACCUCUCAAAACUGCUAGAAGUGAUGUUUGUACGCGAACUCAGUUCACGACUCUCCGCGCCGACACCUGUAGCAGUCUCAGCUGUCAACCCUGGGUUUUGCCAUUCUCGUUUAGCGCGGUCCCAAACAAAUCCCUUUAUGAGACUGGGUGUCGCAACCCUGAAGACCUUGCUCGCCCGCACCACGGAAAUGGGAAGCCGAACGCUUGUCCACCCCGCCGUUGAACCGGGUGAGAUGUCGAGACAUGGCUGUUACCUGUCAUGUUAUGAGCCGAAGGAGGAGAGCGAUUACACGAUUAGCACGGAAGGAAGAGAGGUUUCUAGACGCCUGUGGUUGGAAACGAUCGAUGUAUUAAGCAGAGUCGAUUCUAGGGUUCAGCGUAUCGUCGAUGAGCACCUGCGAGCACGUUGA